AUGGCAUUCCUGAAACGACGCGGAUAUAAAUUUAAUGUUGACUUGGAGCUGCUCCAUCUCAGCGAUGUGCCGCUCGUCAACGCUGUCCUCUUCGCCAAGGUUCGGCUACUGAACGGAGGAGCAUUUGAGGGUAUGACCGAACGUGUUGAAGUACAUGGUCACUCAGCGAACUGGAAUAGUCAUUUCAGCUUCUCGUGCCGAAUUGCUGUUGAUCCUUCAACGGGCGUUCUCGAAAAAUGUGCUUGUAGGAUAUCACUUCGGAAGGAGCAAAAGGGUGGAAAGUCGUUCUCGAAGCUCGGCUUCGUAGACAUAAAUUUGGCGCAGUUUGCUGCAUCA